CCUCCAUAAUUUUCUUCCCAUUCCCAGUUUAGUUCUGGCGUCGUCAUCGCGAAGUGACGGCUGUGCAUUAAGAUACCGGCUAAAGAAUGCAUUUCGUUCUUUGUGGUCUCAUAAUUUUCCAAAUGUACACCUUUCAGUGCUCUAGUGAGUGGGUGAAAAUAUCUCAGACAGCCUCCAAUGAAAAUCUAAAUAAAUCAUUGACUCAAAACGAACAACUUCAAUCAAAAGUGAUAAUUGAUUCAAACGAACCCAGUCCCGAAUGGAUCGAAUACCAAAAAGAACGUUUCCGGGAUUCAAACUCCUCGCAGAUGCUAGUGAUUUCCGGUGAAAGUCACUUGAAAACCAGUGCCGAAAUAAUUGUUCCAGCUCAGACGAAACGUAAUAAAAUUGUUCGCAUCAAAACAAAGAUUUCCCUUCACGAUCCUGGAGCUGAUAAAAGGAUAAGUAUCACCGAACCUACGUUCGAACCUCCCCGGCGAAGGCGGAAGCCAAAACCAACAAAAGGGACAUCCUCGGAUGAAGACAUAAAAUUUCCAUCAUUUAUGGGAUUCUUAAACUUUCUCACUUCUCUGCAAAAGGGACUUCUGAAGAAGAACUCUUUUGGCAUCAUGGAUAAGAUCAAAAUGCUGAAAAGUAUGCGAGAUCAGUUAAUGAUGAAUAUUGAAAAUAGUUUCGGUUCGAUGUUCCCGAAAAGUCGUCAGAAACGAGGUCUGACAGACGAAUCAAGCUUUCAAUUUCCACCUGAAGCCGCAUUGAUGAGCAUUAGUUUCUUGACUUUCUCUGUGUUUCUUAUUAAAUUAGUUCUUCAAGUAAUUCACAUUAUCAAAAGCAAACAUUAUGCCUACAAUGGAAUGACAAUGACUAAUAUGACUGCAAUGACAAAGAGUCAAUUAAAUGCACGCAAGUUCGGGGAAAGCCAUGAGGAUUUUGAUAUAUUGGCAAAAGUGUCGAAUGCAAUAAAGACUAAUCCAUUUGAUACUAAUUGAUGAAGUUGAAUUUAGAACUUAAAUAAGUUUAAAGUUUAUUUCAAAUAAAACAUAAA